GCCGAAGAAAAUGCACAAAAACUUUUUGUGGCGGAACAAUUGAUGAAAUAUAGAAAAGAACCCAAAACAGUCGAUAGUCCUGAUGAACAGGAACAAGAACGUCGUAUUAUGGAACAAUAUUCCAUAUCACCUAGCACUGAAACAAUGAUAUCAGCUGAUGGUGAUCAAAUAACUAUACAUCAUCCAAGAGAAGAGCCAACACGUAAAUCGAAAAAAUUGAGAGAUUUCUUUGUGGCCGAAUUUGUGCGUAGCUGUCGCACGAGUAAAUCAGUACAAAUGUCUGAAUCUGAAGUACGAGGUCUGUGUUUAAAAUCCCGUGAAAUAUUCCUACAACAACCUAUACUCUUGGAGCUUGAAGCACCUCUCAUUAUAUGCGGUGAUAUACACGGUCAAUAUACAGAUCUAUUGCGUUUAUUCGAAUAUGGUGGCUUUCCACCAGCAGCCAAUUAUCUCUUCUUGGGUGAUUAUGUUGACAGAGGCAAACAAUCGCUGGAAACCAUAUGCCUGCUGUUGGCCUAUAAAAUUAAAUAUCCGGAAAAUUUCUUUUUAUUGCGUGGCAAUCACGAGUGUGCCAGUAUUAAUCGUAUUUAUGGCUUUUAUGACGAAUGCAAACGACGUUUCAAUGUUAAAUUGUGGAAAACCUUUACAGACUGUUUCAAUUGUUUACCCGUCGCCGCCAUUAUCGAUGAGAAGAUAUUCUGCUGUCACGGCGGUUUGAGUCCCGAUCUACAGGGUAUGGAACAAAUUAGACGCUUGAUGCGUCCCACAGAUGUACCCGAUACUGGUCUAUUGUGUGAUCUGUUAUGGAGUGAUCCUGAUAAAGAUGUCCAGGGUUGGGGUGAAAAUGAUCGUGGUGUUAGUUUUACGUUUGGUGCUGAUGUUGUGUCGAAAUUUUUGCAUAAACAUGAAAUGGAUUUAAUAUGUCGUGCUCAUCAGGUCGUUGAAGAUGGUUAUGAAUUCUUUGCCCGCCGUCAAUUGGUGACCUUAUUCUCAGCUCCCAUUAUUGUGGUGAAUUCGAUAAUGCCGGUGGUAUGAUGACUGUGGAUGAUACACUAAUGUGCUCAUUCCAGAUUUUAAAGCCCUCCGAAAAGAAGGCCAAAUAUAUGUACAGUGGCAUGAAUACAUCACGGCCUACCACACCGCAACGCAACGCUCCAUUAAUAGCAACGAAUAAGAAGAAAUAAUACAUCCAUCCGCUUCCAUUUCCUUAAAAGUUAUUAAAUUAUUAUAUACAUAUAAAAUUUGAUAAUAAUAAAUAUUAUAAUAAUAAUACAACUACAACAAGAAAACAAAUAAAAACAAAAACAACAAAAACAAAUAAUAAAAAUAUUAAAAAAGCUACGUGUACUACAACAACAACAAAAAAAUCAACAAAAAAAUUAUUCAAAAAUUAACUUUAAGUUGAAUUUCAGAAAUUAAAAAUAAAAAACGAAUAGCAAUCAAUCACCAUAAAACCUACAAAAAACCAGAAAAGUUACCCACUUUUAAUCAUAAUUAAUAUUUAAAGAA